AAGGUUCCGUUUAGGUUGGUGACCUAUAUUUCGGAAAGGUAUUUAAACUGGAAAGACUUGCCUAUUAAAAAACGCACUGCGCAAGAACGGAAUUUUCACAAGAAUUCAAGAUGAACUUUGUGUUGCUGUUUUUGUUUGUGGCGUUUGCAAGUGCUGAGAGAGGUGGAAUAUUAUUGCCAGAUGGAAACAUUCUUUAUUUUGAGUCGGUAAAGAAUUUGACGGACAACACAGAAAUCCUUACAUUUGGUGCAAAGAGGCUGCCUGGUCAUUUGAAUGGAAUCAAAUUUCAUGACUUCAACACCGGUUAUAUUGCAUCCAAACUGAUUGACCACGGCGUAUGCCUUAUUUCUGCGAUAAAAUACUGGAAGCCAACAUAUAUUACCCAGAGGCUUGUGAAAAACCCACCAGUAGUGUACCACACUGUAACUCAAAUGCCAAUGACGAAGUCAGAAAUAGUCGCAACUGCUGGAGCGAAAAUUGCGUCCUUCUGUGAUGAUUACGUAUCACAUAUGUUGCUGGAGUCCAACGGACAUCAUGCAAAGACAAGGGCACAAAUACAAGCGCUGGCGGACAAUUGCAAGUGUCAAUCGAGUUCGAUACCGACAAGAGAACUUUCUGCAGGUCAGGUGCUUCCGUAGCUAGGAGGGUUGGAACCUAUUGAUCCUGAAACAAUCCUUGUUUGAGAUGACAAUAAAAUUCAUCAUUGAA